AUGAGCAAAAAAUAACCAAAAUAAACCCGCCCCUUAUUCAUUCCCAAACCAGAAAAUGGAGAGUUUCCAUUUGACAUAAAAAAUGCUAAUACUAACGAUAUCAAACCAAUUGACUUUUUCAGGAUGUAUAAUUCCUUAUAAAUGAUGGUUGAAAAAUUGAUUCAAGAUUAAGUUGCACAACAAAAAGUCUAAACUAAUAUUGAUGCUAUAUUCAGAGUGUUUAUUGAAAAGGAUUUGAAUCCUCCUCCCCCAUAGAAACUUGUCGGAAGAAGAAGUUCACCCUACACCUAUCAAAAACAGGAGUUUUGGCAGUUGGUUGAACAUCUCAACUCCUUAGGCUUCUCAUAUCGAUAAAUAUCUGAGAGACUCUAAGUGCACUAUGUCCAGAUAUCCACACAUCAUCGAAAUACUGUUGACUAUGAUGAUGAUUCUGAAUAGGAAUCCUCCUAAGUGAAGAAAUAAACAAAAGAGAAGUCGAAAAAGGAGUAGAUCGUAGACAAAUAACCAUAUCAAAUUUGUGAUGUCUUUUAGUCAGAUGAUGAAUAAGGAUCAAAAUGA